AUGUGCUUCACCGUGCUUGAAUGGAAAGAUUUGGCUGGUGAAGCGAGUACAAGAAAGACAAGUAUUUAUCAUCCACUCAAGUCUGAUCCAUCAGGUGUUGUUGUGGGGUUCGAAUUCGUUGGGGGAGAGGGAAGGCCAGUCAGGAGAGUCUUUUCCGCUGCUGGUUGGCCGUCGAUGAUGUUGCAUAUAUUUAUGUGUAAUAGCCCUGAAUUGAUGGUCGGAACGAGGCGGAGCGACUUGGGCUUCUCGAUCCGAGCCGCUUCGAUUGAGCCUUGGGCAGGACUCGGGAGCGGUGGAUGGGCUCAAUCCGCAUUUGCAUUAUACGAUGUGCUCGGAUACGUGCAGACACAUGAGAGCGCAGGUGAUGUCAUGCCGGUCAGAGUCAUGGACAAGAGGAGCUCAUGGGAUGAGGGCCGUAAUAAUGAGCAUGUGAAGGUGAGCACUCUCGUCCAGACAGCAACUAGACCAGAGCUACGGAGUGCGAGUUUCACUAAGAUUGAGAAUCCGGAGACAUCGGGAGGGGAGCGGGAAGCAAAGAAACAUCCGUAUUUUUGGGAGGAGAACGCCAGAUCGGUCUUCUUACCCUCCAAGACCAAUCCAUCUCCAGGAUCAUCUCAUUCUCGCCCAGCGCAAGACGGUUGUGCAUCAGGACGAUCUCCAUCCCUGCUUCAAUCACCAGCAAUAUCCGGAUCAGCUCAAAUCACCCUCAAGGAUGGGCUCAAGACUCAGAGGAUCAUUGCGGACUCCUAUCUUUUCGUUCGUUAUCGAAGAAGCAUAAAAGCCACUUACCCGAGCUUUCAAAAGAAGUAA